UACUAAUUUAUUUUUCACUCUCUUACUCUGUUUAGCUCCAUUUUCUGUGUAUUCACAGCAAAGCAAUGCAAAUCCUCCAAAACCCUCCUCAUCAUAUCUUCUUCUCCUUCCCUAAAACCCUAAACCCUUCUUCUACCAAACCCCAUUUUCACCACCACCAUCCUCUCCCAUGGCGUCCUCUCCUUCCUCCGACCACACCACUCCGUGCCAGCUUCAGGGCCAACUGCCUCCCCUCCGACGAGUUCCCCGUCGACGAGUCAUUCAUGCAGAGUUUCGCCCCGAGAGACAAUGAAACAGAGGAAGAAGCUCGAAUUCGCAACUGGGUCGAGCGAGGUUGGGCCCCAUGGGAAGAAGUCCUCUCCCCUGAAGCUGAUUUCGCUCGUAAGAGCUUGAACGAGGGAGAGGAGGUUCCACUCCAAUCACCCGAUUCCAUUGAAGCUUUCAAGAUGUUGAGGCCCAGAUACCGGAAGAAGAAAAUGGAGGAAAUUGGUCUGACUGAGGAGGACUAUUACAUGAAGCAGAUUGAGUCUAAAUUUGAGGUGCCUGAGCCAAUAAGUACGACAUGGGCUGGACCAUUGGUCGUGAGAAUGAUGCCUCCGAGGGAUUGGCCUCCGAGGGGUUGGGAGGUUGAUAAGAAGGAGUUGGAGUUUAUAAGAGAAGCUCAUAAGUUGCAGGCAGUGAGAGUGAAUGUCGAAGGGUUAGAGAAGAAGGUCAAAGUUGAGACUGAUGAUAUGUGUUUGGAUAGGUAUAAGGUGUUCUUGAAGCAGUAUAAGGAGUGGGUUGAUGCUAACAAGGAUAGGUUGGAAGAGGAGUCUUACAAGUAUGACCAAGAUUACUACCCUGGUAGGAGGAAAAGAGGAAAAGAUUACAAAGAAGGCAUGUAUGAGCUUCCGUUUUAUUAUCCAGGACAAAUUUGUGAAGGAAAAGUGACUACUUUGCACCUUUAUCAAGGAGCUUUUGUUGACAUUGGUGGUGUUCAUGAUGGGUGGGUCCCAAUAAAAGGUAAUGACUGGUACUGGAUCCGCCAUCACAUACAAGUUGGAAUGCCUGUCCUUGUUGAAAUUCUGGCGAAGAGAGAUCCUUACCGCUUUCGAUUUCCUAUUGAAAUGCGAUUUGUCCAUCCUAACAUAGACCACCUGAUCUUUAACAGAUUUGAGUUUGCACCAAUAUUCCAUCGAGACAAUGACACAAAUCCAGACGAAUUGCGGCGUGAUGCUGACAGGCCUCCUAUUCCCCGGAAAAUCCCUGGAGACAAACCAGAAGAGGAACCUUUAUUGUCAAAUCACCCUUAUGUUGAAAAGUUGUGGCAGAUACAUAUUGCUGAGCAGAUGAUUUUGGAUGAUUUGGAGGCUAAUCCUGACAAAUACAAAGGAAAAAAAUUGUCGGAGUUAAGUGAUGAUGAAGAUUUUGAUGAAGAAAACAGUGUUGAACAUGCCAAAGUUCGGUAUAAGAAAACACUAGUUCCAAAAGUGACUUUGAAAACAAGUGUUAAGGAACUUGACUUAGAGGCUGCUUUUGCCGAGCGACAGCUUCGCAUCAAGCAAAAGAAGGAAGCAGAAGAAAGAGGAGAGGAAUACAAAGUAACAAAUAUGAGACGAAAUGAUGAGAUGGAUGAGUAUGAUUUGCUGCAUUGGCGUCGAUCAUUUGAGGAACGAGAAGCCUUGAUCAGAGACAUGAGCUGCCGUCGUGCUCUAGGAUUACCACUAGAAGAGCCAGGAAGGUAUGUCGAAGCUAGUUACUUUGGGAAGGAUCAAUAUGACCCAGACAGUGCUCUGUAUCGCUAUGACUACUGGGGAGAGCCAAAGAAUUCAGAGAAGAGCAAGCAAGAGCGAAUGACAGAUGCCCACAACAAAUCUAUUGUUGGCAAGGGCAAUGUGUGGUACGAAAUGUCAUAUGAUGAGUGCAUCAAACAAAAGACGGAAAGAGAAGCUAAAGGAAUUAAGCCAAGAGUAGUCAAUGAUGAAGAUUCAGACGGAAGUCAAGAUGACGAUGAUGACGACGACGAUGAUUUUGAUUUCAGCAUUCUGAGUGAAUACAGUCUUGAGAUGGCAAACCAGCCUCAUGUUAAUGGGACUGAAUCUUCUAAGGUUUCAGAGGAGGGUAUGUUUGAGGAUUAAGAGUUGGGACCAUGGUAAAUAAUGGUGCAACAUAGCUCUAGGGGGAAAAAUGGUAUUGAUUUGUAAAGUAGUUAGAUAGAUGAGAGAAGGCUUUUUAUAUGCGGCAAAAUCCAUUUUUUGUUGAUGUUACAAGAAUUACUCCCUAUAAGACUGAAAAGAGAAAGAAAAGAAAAAGAGAAAAAAAGUUAACUUAGUAAAGGCUUUCUUUUCCUUUU